AUGGAGAUUCUCAAGGAGCUCCAUGCGUCAAUUUCAGAGGCAUGCGAGGCUUCCUUUGAUAAUGCGUACAAGAAAAUUGACUCACAAAUUGCCACUCGUGACGCAGGUUUGAGACGAGCUGAAGUUGACGGAUCGGCUGCACGUGAAGCGGCAGACCACAAGAUCCAAGAGCUGCAGAAUCAUUUAUACGUACUCCAAAGGGAGCUCAAGCGCUAUGAAGUCGACCCGAAAGACCUGGAGCUUCCUGUCGGACUUGCCAAUCUCGAGGAUGAAUUUGCUCCCAAAAACAUCUGGAGCAAUCAUCACGACGUGGAUCAAUUGCGAAGAAUCCUCGAGUAUAAGUACACAGCGCUCUACACCAACUUUCAGACGCUUGCUGGAAGCUAUACCAGUCUUAAGGCAAAAGUCCUGCAACACAAGAAGAGAUUGCAGUAUUGCGACAAGCGCCUACAGAGGGAUGAGUUUACAUAUGUCCUCAAUGGUAAACCGAUAACAUUUCGAAAGGUGUUGAAUGUGGAAACCGAUGCCACAACCAACUCGACAGCCCCAGAUUCACGAACAAGGCCGCGGUCCGAAGAUGAAUCGACCCGGGGCUCUGUUUCUGGGACUUGGCCCGCUAAGUCAAUUCAGAAUCAAAACACCUCAAUACAUGCAAACCCUAAAUUCAAAUUUGAGGAAAGCAAUCAACCAAUAAUCAGUACAACCCGACCGGAACCCCGGCAUGCUACACAUGAUGCACUAUCUUCAGAGUCGUCUUCGGAUAUAAUUCCACCUUUACCCGAUUUACAGAAUCGGAAGAGAAAGCGGGUUGUCGCCGCUUCUCCUGCCCAUCCACCAGAGAGUGCUCCUGGCCGACCGUUGCUGGUUAAGAGUGAACCAGUAUCAUCAAGUCCGUUACAAAACUCCGCGUACUCGCAUGGCCAGUAUCUGCCUAGCACUCAAGAUCUGGAUGAAAUCGGCGACACUAUACAAACGCCUACAAAACGAAACGUCCACCGAGAAGUGCACAGGGAAGACUCAAGCAAGGAAAAUGAGUUACAUGGCGCCAGCACCCAACGGACCCAGCCAGGCCGACCUGUUCAACAAUUAAAUGUACUACGUCCGGUUGAUGGUAACGCUCGAAAGGACAAGUUUAGUGGUCAAGAAUCUCGGGCGAAGAAGCAGAAAUUGACAAAUCACCGGGCGUUAUAUUCCAUGGCUGAAGACGGUGAUGCGGGAGAAUAUGGUGGCCAUUCCAGGCAUUUUCCGAGGAACACUCCAGUCAUUCAGACCAGACCAUCACAAUCGAACGUGGACGGGCAAGCCACACAAGAUCGACUGCGAGGUCUUUUGGAAGGAUCAUUACCCUCAAAAUCACUACUCGAGUCUGCUAGAGAUCUUUACGGCCCAGAAAAUCCUCAGGGCUUAAGCAGGAACUCUUCGCGAAGUCCUCCCUUAACUGUCCACUCCCCGUCGUCCCAGAAGCCGUCCGAUGAUUCUGUGACUGAAACCGAAUCGCAGAAUUCCCAGAAAGUGCGCCCAGAAGACGAGCCCUACAGAUCGCUUCCUCUUAACCGCCUGAAUCUUGGCCACUUCAAGAUUAACCCAGCCCGAAAUGAGGGGCUUGAUUUUGCAUAUGACGCGGUUGUCCGCAAAAAAGAUGAUCGCAAAUGCAUAUCUGGAUGCACGCGCCCCGGCUGCUGUGGUGAUCGAUUUCGUGCAAUGGCACGACUCGGGGGCCUUGCAGCCAAUACUUCCGCAGAGCAGGCAGAAAAGGACCAACGCAUCCUGGAAGAGUACGUAGGCGAGGAUCGGCAUCUACUGGAUGGGCUAGGUGGCCAAGACCGAGAUAAUCUCCUUGUGGAAGCAAGAGCCAGGAUUCUAGCCAACCAGUAUGGCCGACACCGACAUACUCACCAGCGAGCUCGAUCUCCACCUGGCUUUUGGAGAACAGACAUGCCAGACACACAGGAAAUAGAAUCAGAUCGGGAAGCAGCACAACGGCUGGAGCGGGAAAAGGUGGAGGAGCGGUACCGAGAGGCUAUGCGACCUGGAGGACUCUGGGCCUGGGCGGAUGAAUGA